GGCAGUUCAUGUUCUCGCGCAGUGCGUAGCAACGCGUAACGUUCUUCUCGAAGAUCGCAUAAAUUCAAUACAACUGUAUGAAUGUUUUCAUACGAACCAAAAUGGGACAAACAAGCGUUCAAUUAACAUUAUUAAGGAACUAUCAAUGAUUCCUGUACGAGGAAUAAGCUAGUGGAUAUAAUAAGAACCUCUAAAAUACACCACCAGAUUUGCUGUCAACGAUCAGUGCAUUUUCCACUAUAACUCAUGGGCCUCUGUUAGUAAAUUCGUGGAUGUGAUACGGACGUUACCGGGGUGCUUCCCGUAGUCCUUUCUCAAUGUUCUACGAAUGGAAUAUUCUGGCAGUAUGUAACGCCUGAUAGCUACAGGAGCCGUGUGUACUAAUGAAUCUUAACUUAUUUUGUUGGUUCUCACUCGUUAAAGCGGGUGGUUCAGUAGUUCUUUCAGGGACACAUAUGAUAUGUAGAAGGAUGUAGAUGAAUUUGUGCCUGUAGUCCGUGUUCAUCAAUUUCUCAAUCACUGCAAGACAGGGACGUGACGCUGAAAUAAUGCGCACGUGAUUUUCAUUUAGUGGUUAUUUGUUGAAAAAAUGCCAAUGAUAAUUUUAUAAUCAUUCUUUUAUAACUCGAAGGAAAUGACAGAAGUGAUAUUUAACGUGGCAUACAACAAUUGCACCUAGCAAGUGACUGAACGCUAGCGUGAGUGACUCAUCCCAGUGAAUGUUUGUGCACUGGCAUUGACACUGUUGUGUACAUCUGUGUUGCUUGAUUCUAACACGAUUCUCGUAAACAAAGAAGAAUUUUUGGGACGAUGGCAAUUCUUAUAUAGAAAAAUUGCACAUUUUACCGUUCAUCGAUGGGUAUCGACUAAAUUCUGUCAGUGAUAAUAAGUUCUUUUACAUUGACUCAAGAAUUAGUGGACGUUUCCAGAUCAAAAGAGUUGAUUUAUUCAUAUGGAAUUAAUAUUGUUUUUUUCUACUUUGAAACAUGUUAACCCACUAGUUUAGUAACACGGACAUACCGACGAUGUUAAUCGGUAAUCGAUGUAAUGUCUAGGACUUCGCGCAAGACAAGGUGUAUGCCAAUACAGACGCAUGGGUGCGGUGUGUUGAAAUGAAUAAUAUAUAUUUUAAAUUGGAUAUUAAAGUGCAACGACAUUGGUGAAUUUUACAGAGUGAUUGAAGUGUUGAGGGGAAUAGUGGUGAAGUAUACUGGCAGAAGAGGGAGGGGAGGGGAACAAUCUACGUAAUUGUUGGCAAGCCAUUCAAAAUGGGCACAGGAAAGAUGAAUGUUAUAUAUGUUUGAGUGGACUGGGAUAUUUUCUAUAUAAUAGACUACACAUCGAUAAAUUUUUUUCAAUUUUCAGUAACAAGUUCAAAUCACUGUGUUACCAUGCUAACAUAUCCUAAAUUAAUGGAGAACAACUCUUUGACUCUAAAAAUUGAAAUGAAUAGUAUGAAAAGAGUCACAUUUUCGGAAAUAUAAAACUUUUUAUCGUGAAAAAAAUUCAAUUGAAAAAUAUUAAAGUUGGUUAUGAGUUAGUCAUAAUAGAAGCAGAAGAGAUAUGAAAAAAAUGAAAAGGCUGGAAAUUAUGAGAAUUUACAGUUCACGAAUAUUCGCAAGAAAGUUCCGCUGCGGAGGCAAACAACGUUGAUCCAUAGCUCGAUUAUGGCAUAUUCGUGCAACGAAACGAAAAUAAAAAGGGCAAAAAUGUCGCAGAGAAGAAUGACCCGGGUCUCCGAACGCAGUGUUAAUGUGGUGUAUUUUCUAUCGUUUUUUCUGACGAUUAAUUUUAUAGUUUUUGCUCAAAAUGAAGAAGGGGAGAUGAUAGCUUCUGGUUUUCCUAAUCAUGAUAAUGAUAACAGCGCAG